CUCUUUCUAUCUCUCUAAAAAGCAGAGAAUUUUUGUUGAUAUAUCUCUCUCAUCUCCUACUUUUUACUAACUCUGCUCUCCAUAAGUCUCUUGUCCUCUCUCUCUCAAUUUACACAUCUCUCUAAAACUCCCUCUCUAUCUUCUUCUGGUUACAGUAGCUAUGUCUUUCAGAGGGACAAAUGCUUCCUCUGGCAUGGGUGUUGCCGAUCACAGCAAAAGCACAUAUGUGGAACUGCAGAGGAAAAAGGUCCAUCGCUAUGUGAUCUUUAAGAUUGAUGAGAAGAAAAAAGAGGUCGUAGUUGAAAAGACUGGAGGUCCAGCUGAGAGCUAUGACGACUUCACUGCAUCUCUGCCUGAGAAUGACUGCCGAUAUGCAGUUUAUGACUUUGAUUUUGUGACUUCUGAGAACUGCCAAAAGAGCAAGAUCUUUUUCAUUGCAUGGUCUCCUUCUGUGUCCCGUAUCCGUGCAAAGAUGCUGUAUGCCACAUCCAAGGACAGGUUCAGAAGGGAGCUGGAGGGCAUCCACUAUGAGAUUCAGGCCACUGACCCAACUGAGAUGGAUCUUGAAGUGCUCCGAGAGCGUGCUAACUGAACUGAACCCUUUCUGUAGUCAGAAAGGGUUUGUAUCUCCAACUGUUAGGGUUUCUCUGCGAUAUAAAGAAAUCCAUAAUGCUUCAGUUAAUUACUGUUUAUGUGCAGUGUAAUUUUAACAUGAAAUGACUUAACUAUUAAAUAAUUGGGCAUCUGGGAAGGCUGAUUAGAGCUCUCACAUUAACUCAGAGCCUCCUUAUUGUCAUGAUGCCUCCCAGAUGAAGCAUGGGCGUGGUUAUGGAUAUUAGUGAUUUGAAUCCUAAAAUAUAUUAUAUAAAAGUGUUUUAUGUGAAUAA